AACCAAUUGAUAGUUGUCGUCAGUCAGCCAUUACUACAGCCUUUUCCGCUUUGAUUUUGCAAACGUAUAACACGUGUGUGUCUUCAGCACUAACAGUGACAUUUGUGGGAUCAACUAAUUUUUGGACGACAACAACAACAGUAUGGCCGAAGACGAAGCUCAAGCAGCCGCCACCGCUGCCGCCGGUAUACCCAAGAAGCGUACGUUCAAGAAGUUUAUUCGUGGUGUCGACUUGGAUCAGUUGCUCGACAAGAACAACAAAGAACUGAUGGAGUUGUUUACCUGUCGWGUWCGSCGACGGCUGGCACGCGGUCUGAAACGCAAACCGAUGGCACUGAUGAAAAAGUUACGCAAAGCCAAGAAAGAGUGUCCGGCRCUGGAAAAGCCCGAAGUAGUGAAGACACACUUACGCGAUAUGAUUGUAUUGCCCGAAAUGGUCGGUUCGGUUGUCGGCGUAUACAAUGGCAAGACAUUCAAUCAGGUAGAGAUCAAACCGGARAUGAUUGGCCAUUAUUUGGGUGAAUUUAGUAUCACAUAUAAGCCGGUCAAACACGGCCGACCCGGUAUCGGUGCCACUCACUCGUCCCGAUUCAUACCGUUGAAGUAGAUGUGUGUGUGUWUGUAAUGUUGUAAUAAUAAUAAUAAUAAAUAUUAUUUGA